UUUGCUUUGGCUGCUCCUUUUCCUCUCAACGCUCCAAUGGCUGAUAUUUUUAAGGUUAUAUCGCUGGAAGGUUGGACAGACAUUAUGUACUAUGUCCAGGAUGCCCACUCAUUCUGGAAUUGGAUUUAUUUUGUUCUCCUUAUAGUUAUAGGUGCUUUCUUCAUGAUAAAUUUGUGUUUGGUUGUCAUUGCGACGCAGUUUGCCGAGACAAAAAGGAGAGAAACGGAACGAAUGCUUCAAGAACGCAAACGUUUACAGAGCAGAGAUUCACUUUCUGCAAACGGAAGCGACAUUGCCGGCACUUUUUCCAAAGAAGAAGGUGGUGACACAGUCUAUAAGGCCAUCGUGCGUAUCAUCGCCCACGCAUUCAGAAGGACGAAGCGCACUGUGAAAAGGAAGUUCAACGCGUACAUGGAAGGGCGACGUGAAAAGAAAAGCACAGAAAAGAAGAUAAGACGGAAGUCGAAACUCGACGACUUGGCCACGCUUUCAAGAAUCGAAGAGCGUACGGAUGAGGAAGAAGACAUAGAAAAAUUUUAUCGUCACUACUCAGAUCUGGAGGCAAAAGAUAUGGUUGCGAGAAGAAAGCGCUCACGCAGAGUUACAAUUGGUGAAGAGCAGGAUAAAAUGGGAAACGGCAGUGCAAAGCAACAGUCGACACCGUCUCGGUGGCAGUUGUUUCGUGAGAAAACCCGCCGCUUUGUCGUGUGCGACCAUUUUACUCGAGGCAUUCUUGUCGCAAUUCUCGUGAACACUCUGAGCAUGGGAGUUGAGUAUCACCAACAGCCCGAAAUUCUGACGAUCGUUCUGGAGUACUCCAAUCUUUUCUUCACGGGUCUAUUUGCAUUCGAAAUGCUUCUGAAGGUUUUUGCUGAUGGUUUGUUCGGCUAUCUGUCUGAUGGAUUUAACCUUUUCGACGGUGGAAUCGUGGCGCUAAGUGUACUAGAGCUGUUUCAAGAAGGAAAAGGUGGACUGUCAGUGCUGCGAACAUUUCGCCUUCUUAGAAUCCUAAAACUUGUUCGUUUUAUGCCAGCGCUUCGAUAUCAGUUGGUUGUGAUGUUGCGUACAAUGGAUAAUGUUACAGUCUUUUUCGGAUUGCUGGUGCUUUUUAUCUUCAUUUUCAGUAUUCUUGGCAUGAACUUAUUUGGGUGCAAGUUCUGCAAGGUGGAAGAGCGUCUUCUCAGUGGUCCAUCGAAGAAAUGCGAGCGGAAAAAUUUUGACACUCUUCUUUGGGCGCUUAUUACGGUCUUUCAAGUAAGAAUGGAAUUUUUUGGUUACAAAUUCUGUAAUCACAAUAAAACCAACGAGCAGUGUGCUUGCCAACAGAUAUUCAACAAUGAAUGCACAUGUGAUCGCAUGAACUUUGACACAUUCCCUCGUGCAACACUUACGGUAUUCCAGAUCUUAACUCAAGAAGACUGGAAUAUGGUGUUAUUCAAUGGAAUGGCACAGACGAAUCCAUGGGCUGCACUGUACUUUGUGGCUCUGAUGACGUUUGGCAACUACGUGCUCUUCAACUUACUAGUUGCGAUCUUAGUGGAAGGAUUUCAAGAAAGUAAGGAAGAAGAAAAACGACAGCAGGAGGAAGACGCGAGGAAAAAAGCCCAAGAGGAAGAACAUGAGAGGAAAAAAGAACUUGAACUGUUGUUGGCCAGGUCGACCUCGCCGGCGUUUCUAAAUGGCAGACAAGACGCUGACUGCACUUGUUCGCCGAAGCCGAUACACCUUGCUGUUGCUAGUCACCCAUCACCAUUCCAACAUAACGACUAUGAAGAUCAAACCAAUAAACGGUUUCUUUUUGAAAUUAACACUGACUAUUUUCAUACGCACUCGCAAAUCUUGCAAAUUUUUGUUUCCUGCAUGAAAUUGCACCGUUUUUUCAGGUUGAAUAGACAUACAUCUUUGGUACUCUGUGACCAAAAUGGUGGUGCACCACAUCGUCAACGUAUUCACAGCUGGAGUGGGCUCUGUCCUCACUUCAAUCCUCAUUGUCCUAUUCACGGGAGGAGAGCUCUGCUUGAAACUUAUGCACGCGAAAAGUUCAUCGAAGCAAGUCAGGAGUUGAAACGAGCGUUGGCCGAAGAAGAGCGAUUGAAUGAGCAGAAGCAGAAUGCGUGGUUUCGAAAGUUUUUUCGAAAAACGUGCUUAUAUGAAAAAACAGAGCACUCAUUGUUUUGCUUUGGGCCUAAAAACCCGUUUCGAAUCAGGUGUUUGCAAUUGACCCAGAAGAAAUGGUUCGACUAUUCGAUCCUAGUCUUCAUUGGCAUCAACUGCAUCACACUGGCCAUGGAACGACCGUCAAUACCUCCACAUAGUGUGGAGCGAAAAUUUCUCACGUUUUCCAGCUACGUGUUCACGUUGAUAUUCACUGUUGAAAUGGCAAUGAAGGUGAUUGCUAAUGGUUGUGUACUGGGCCGAGGAGCAUAUUUCAAAGAUGGCUGGAAUAUUUUAGACGGCAUAUUGGUUAUUAUAUCUCUAGUUAACGUCCUGUUUGAGCUUUUUGCUACGGGUGAUUCUCCAAAAAUCUUUGGAGUGAUUCGUGUUUUGCGGUUACUUCGUGCACUUCGGCCUUUGCGUGUAAUCAACCGAGCUCCGGGCGUUAAACUUGUUGUCAUGACUCUCAUCUCAAGUUUGAAGCCCAUCGGCAAUAUCGUUCUGAUAUGUUGCACAUUUUUCAUUAUUUUUGGAAUACUUGGAGUUCAGCUUUUCAAGGGCAUGAUGUUUCACUGUGUAGGACCAGAUAUCUCGAAUGUUACCAAUAAAGCCGACUGCCUCUUAGAUCCACGAAAUAAAUGGGUCAACCAUCGUUACAACUUUGACAACCUAGGACAGGCGUUAAUGUCGCUUUUUGUCUUGUCUAGUAAAGAUGGAUGGGUUUCAAUAAUGUAUCAAGGAAUCGAUGCCGUUGGAGUAGAUAUUCAGCCAGUCGAAAACUACAACGAAUGGCGAAUGAUUUACUUUAUUUCGUUUCUUCUCCUUGUUGGAUUCUUCGUGCUUAAUAUGUUUGUGGGAGUAGUCGUUGAAAAUUUUCAUAAGUGUAAAGAAGCUCUGGAAAAGUAUUGUGGAGAUUCAUUUGAAAAAAGUCUCAGGAAAUGCGCGAGAAAGGUUCGUUUCGGCGUCGUUUUUAUGAAGAAAAGCCAACCAUAUUGGCACAACUACGGAACGACUAGGAUGUUCUUGAAUGGUGUCGUAACAUCGAAGUACUUCGAUCUCGCCAUCGCAGCAGUUAUCGGCAUUAAUGUGAUUUCUAUGGCAAUGGAAUUCUACAUGAUGCCGAUUGGUCUCAAAUACGUCUUGAAAGCGCUCAAUUAUUUUUUCACAGCUGUGUUUACCUUAGAAGCAGCAAUGAAGCUUGCUGCUCUCGGAGUACGGCGAUUCUUCAGCGAGACGUGGAAUCGUCUCGACAUGUCCAUCGUAUUUCUUUCCGUUGCUGGCAUAGUAUUCGAAGAGUUUGAAGCACUAGAACUGCCAAUUAAUCCGACGAUCAUCCGCGUAAUGAGGGUACUGCGAAUAGCACGAGUUCUCAAGUUGUUGAAGAUGGCAAAAGGUAUAAGAUCGCUGUUGGACACUGUUGGUGAAGCGCUUCCUCAAGUGGGAAAUCUUGGAUCGCUUUUCUUUCUUUUGUUCUUCAUUUUUGCUGCUCUCGGGGUCGAACUAUUUGGAAAGCUUGAGUGCUCCGAAGACCAUCCAUGUGAUGGUCUUGGUGAGCAUGCUCACUUCAAAAAUUUUGGAAUGGCCUUUCUGACAUUGUUUCGAAUCGCAACCGGGGACAAUUGGAAUGGCAUUAUGAAGGAUGCACUUCGAGAUGACUGCGACUCUUCUGAACGUUGUGAGACGAACUGUUGUGUGGAUCCGAUUUUAGCGCCUUGUUUUUUCGUUAUAUUCGUGUUGAUUUCCCAAUUCGUGCUGGUAAAUGUGGUUGUAGCUGUACUCAUGAAGCACUUGGAGGAGAGUAAUAAACGCGACGCGGAGACAAUGAACUCAGAAGACAGAGUGGCAGGAAACGUUGAGAAUGAGAUCUCGAUGAGCAAGCUGGAACAAGAGUUAAUUGAAGUAGAGCAGCGCUUUGAGGAGGAGAUUAAGCGUCGAGAAAGCACAUGCCAUCAUUCUGAAGGCGAAGUGCAAGUUCUCUUUAGCAGCAAAAGUGCGUAUGGAGGUAUUAGCAUUCAGAUUAGCUCAGAAUGUUGUGUAUAUUCCACUAAAUAA